AUGUCUGAGAAGCUUAGUUGCCACUACUGCAAGGACUCCCUGCACGGGAAGAAGUACGUGGAGAAGGAUGGCAGCCACUGCUGCCUGUGCUGCUAUGACAAGUACUGCGCCAACACCUGCACCGAAUGCCGCCAGACCAUCGGUGCAGACGCCAAGGAGGUCCACUAUAAGGAAGGCUUCUGGCAUGACUACUGCUUCCGCUGCACCCAUUGCCAGCGCCCCUUGGCCACCGAGACCUUUGUGGCCAAAGAGAACAAGAUCCUGUGCAAAGAGUGCAACAUGAUUGAGAGCGCCCUCAUAUGCAAGGGCUGCUCAAAGCCCAUUCUGGCAGGCGAACAGAACGUAGAGUACAAGGGGACCGUAUGGCACCAAGACUGCUUCACCUGCAGCGACUGCAAGCAAGUCAUCGGGACGGGAAGCUUCUACCCUAAAGAGGAGGAAUUCUACUGCAUGACUUGUUAUGAGGCUAAAUUUGCCAAGCGCUGCGUAAAGUGCGACAAGGCCAUCAUCUCUGGAGGAAUCACGUACCAGGACCAGCCUUGGCAUGCCGACUGCUUUGUGUGUGUCACCUGCUCAAGAAAGCUGGCCGGGCAGCGUUUCACGGCUGUGGAGGACCAGUACUACUGCGUGGAUUGCUACAAGAACUAUGUGGCUAAGAAGUGUGCUGGGUGCAAGAACCCCAUCACUGGGUUCGGCAAGGGCUCCAGUGUAGUGACCUAUGAAGGACAAUCCUGGCAUGACUACUGCUUCCACUGCAAAAAGUGCGCCAUGAACCUGGCCAGCAAGCGCUUUGUUUUCCAUCAGGAGCAAGUGUUUUGCCCUGACUGCGCCAAAAAGCUGUAA